UUUGACUGUUGACUCUGCGAAGAGCGAAAAAAAAACCCAGUGGUGGGGGAUGGAUUUGCAAUCAACGAUUAAUUCCCAUCCACCACUCGUUUGCGCAUCUCCGGCCUCGCGGAGUACAAGGAGGAAGCAUAACUCGUCCACAAACAAGACAAGGCCUCUCGUAUCGUUUCCGCACUCAUACCUAGACGAACGGCUUGUGUCCUCGCAUCUCUCUCGCACCCCGCUGCGUUGCGACUCAUACUUCUUAUCGUCAACUUGUUGCAUAUCGCGACGUAUCCACGCAUUGCCCCGCCAUCUUCGAUAUCCCACCUCCCCUCCUUUCCCUCCCACUCUUCCUCUCUCCUUCAAUCUCUCUACGCUCUCGACACUCUGAACAGAAAUCCUCCAAGAUGAGCGCAAUACUCUCCGCAGACGACCUCAACGACUUCAUAAGUCCAGGCGUCGCCUGCAUAAAACCAAUCGAAACCCUCCCCUCCGCCCCCCCUCCACCACCCCUCGACGCCUCCCUCGAACACGAAGUCAUCCUCGACGGCCAACCAAAUUCCACCGCAGCAAGCAAUGCGCCCCCCGCCGAAAUCUCCCUCACAGACUGCCUCGCCUGCUCGGGCUGCGUCACCUCCGCCGAAGCCGUCCUCGUGAGCAUGCAAUCCCACACCGAAGUCCUCAACACCCUCGACUUCGGCCCGUCCCUCCGCAUCGUCGGCCCGGACCCGACCACGGGCGAGUUCCACGUCCAGGGGCUCGAAGACGAGAGCAGAAUGCUUUUUGUGGCGAGCGUCUCGCCACAGACGAGGGCGAGUCUGGCUGCUGCUGCUGGCGACGGCACGACGGAACGGCAGGCUGGGUAUAUGCUGGACGCGCUCUUCAGCAGCGACGCGGGGCUCGCGAGCGGCGGGAAGCAUGGGAACGGGUUCACGUGGGUGCUGGAUACCAACGUUGCGCGCGAGGCGUGUCUUGUUCUCGGGGCUGAUGAGGUUCUGGGCGGUGGCGGUAGCUCAGCAGCAGCAGGCGCUUCACCGUCACCGUCACCGUCAACCCCCGCGACAAAGCCGAUCCUCACAUCAUCGUGUCCCGGGUGGGUGUGCUACGCCGAAAAGACGCACCCCUACGUCCUCCCGCACCUGUCGCGCGUGAAAUCGCCCCAGGCGCUCAUGGGCACCCUCCUCAAGACGACGCUGAGUAAGAAGCUCGGGAUCCCGCCCAGCAGGAUCUGGCACCUGGCCGUCAUGCCGUGCUUCGACAAGAAGCUCGAGGCCAGUCGCGAGGAGCUCACGGAUUCGGUGUGGGGUCCCGACGGAGACGGGAAACCCGGCAGAGGGGUCCGCGACGUGGACUGCGUUAUCACGAGCAAAGAGGUCCUCAUGCUGGCCGAGUCAAGGGGGUUCAAUUUCUUUAAUCUACCGCGGGCUAAGCCAUCCGCCGCCGGUGUCCAACGGACGCCGUUCCCGGACACGAGGCUAGACAAGUUCCUCUUCCCGGCCCACGGAGCCCACCGCUCGUCUGUGGCCGCCGGCUCCUCCGGCGGCAACCUCUACUUCACUCUACAGACCGUGGCCUCCAAGCACCCCAACUCCCAGAUCCAAAUCAUCCGCGGCCGUAACGCCGACGUCGUCGAGUUCAUCGUCGCUUCCGCCACCGGCGACCCCAUCUUCAAGGCCGCGCGGUACUACGGCUUCCGCAACAUCCAGAACCUGGUUCGCAAGCUGAAGCCAGCGCGACCGUCCCGUAUGCCCGGAGGCAAGGCGUUCGGCGCCGCCAGGAGGCCCACGGGAAAGUCCGCCGGGCUCGAGUAUGCCUACGUCGAGGUCAUGGCGUGCCCCGGCGGCUGCACCAACGGCGGCGGGCAAAUCAAGGUCGACGACCCGAUCGUCGUCGAGCGCAAGGGCUACGAGAGCAAGCCGGGCCCGCUCGAGCAGAAGGAUUUCCUGGCCGAGGUCGACGAGGCCUACUUUUCAGCAGAGGACUCUGACGGCGAGGAGAGCAAUGGUAUUGCUCAAAAUGGUAACGGUCUGCAAGAAGCAGACGACGUUGUUGACGGAAUUUCGCCUUCUUACAUUCGAGAUACCCUAGCGCAUUGGGCGGAUUGCACUGGCAUAGACUUGGGUAGACUGGCCCUCACCACGUAUCGCGAGGUGGUCAGCGACGUGGGCAAGGACAAGGCUAGCGACACGGAGCGCGUCGUUCAGCUGGCGGGCAAGAUUGGCGGAGGCUGGUAGUCUUUUUUUGCUUAUUUCUUCUUUCCCUCGUUUG